UGGAUGCUGAAUGGGACACGGUAGAGUGGUGGUGCAUUGCUUCAAGCUCUGUGAAGGUUUACUUCAGGUCCGUUUGACUGAUCUUUGCUGGUUGUUGUUUACAUGAAACCAUCUGUUGGUUUCAGAAGUCAUUGUUUCCCAAAAACUCUGUUUUAUGUGUCCACACAGAUACAAAGUAUACAGAGUUUUAAAAAUGUACACCUUAUAAGGUAUUUAAAAAAAUGUCCAUUUCAGUGACUUAAAACUGUGUUUGCAUGUGGACGAGAGGCCAAAACAUUUGUCCCUUUGUUGAGUCACUGCAGGCUUUUCUUGCCUCACAUAUCCAAGUUCUCUGGAAAUUACAGUCACUGACGUCCCUUUAAUUGUGAUUUAAAAAUCAUAUCAAGGUAAACGUUUUGCUUAUUGCUCUCCAUCGGCCAGAUUUAGUUUUGCCCGAUAAAGAAUUCUUCAAAACUUAGUUUAAAAAGGAUUAGGAGAGAUUUGAUUGAGUACUGAUAUCAUGUGGUUUAUACUUAAACUUUGUUCCUAUCUGUGCCUUUUCCCCUGCUUUUAUACAGUCCUGUUGCUGGACCCAAAUCUGGGUGAAAGGGUUCCUGAUAUCACUUAUAACGAAACGACAGAUCAAGCUCUUCCAACUCCUGUGGAGAUCGAGACCACGUUGGUCCGGUAUUCAUUGUCCAACUCCGAUCAAACCAACCUGGAAUGGCAGGUCUUUGACGGCUCUCUCCCUGAUGGAGCAGUUUCAAUCUACAACGGAUAUGUUGGACGCAUCGACUAUGUUUGCCAAUAUAACUGUAUUGCCGGCUUCUACAACCCUGGCAUGGAUUCAACUCCUUCCUGUCACUACCCCUAUGGCGAUAAAGCUUAUCUUGGCUCCCCAUUUGAGAUCCUGGUGAACAAAAACAACUUUGAGUUUUUGGAAUGGAAGAAAGGCUCCUACGGUUCAGUGCCUCAGAAUUCAGUCAGGACCUGCUCCAAAGGCAUUUAUGUUGGGAAGAACAUGUAUGGUCUUGGAAAGGUGGAUGUUAAAAAUGAGGCCUUCUUCCUUCCCUGGAAAGGUGCUGAGUAUUGGUACAAGGACUGCCAGGUCCUGACCUUUAGCAAAGAUAUUUACAGUGAGGACAUCUCUGAUGUCAAGUACAAGACUGAUGGAGUUAAAAUCAUCACUUCUCCUCCAGAGACCAUGGGCAAAGCUAUCCUCACCAACAAGGACUGCCAGAAAUCGUCACAGACAGCUACCCUCUCAAAGAAAAUCCAAGAGGAGCAAAGGUGGGACACCAGCUCUUCUACUACAGUGGGAAUCAAGACUACCAUCACUGCUGGAAUCCCCGACAUUGCCUCUGUAAGCAUUGAGAUUGGCGCGGAGACGACCCGCCAGUUAAGUAAGGGGACAACUUAUACCGAGUCGAAAGACUUCAUUGUUUCUGUUCAGCACGAUGUCCCACCAAACCACUCCUGUGUUGUCACUAUGUUGGGGUAUAAGUACGAGGCAGACAUCCCUUACACUGGACGCCUCCACCGCACCUACAGCAACGGGGACACCACAUGGACGUCCAUCUCUGGGACCUACAAAGGCGUCCAAAUAGGAGAAGUAAGGAGUGUGGUGGAACGCUGUGAACCUGUACCCGAUCCCACACCCUGUCCUUGAAAGAAUGAUGGAGGCUCAAUGAGAUUCAAUACCUGACAAAUUGUAUGUUGGAUACCCUUAACAAUGUAAUCAAGCUAAAACAUUAACCUGCUUUUAUGUUUUGUAUGUCUUAAUAUAUCUUAUAAGACAAUAAAAAUACUUGGCAGUAACUGUUUCUUCUUUUUAAUAGUGGAAUAUGAGUGUGCAUGUAAACGUAGUCAGUGACAACAUUUAAACUACGUUAGGCUCGUCAGUUUAGUUCAUUCAUGAAUUAAAGUCAUGAAUCAGGAUGAUUUUAUUUUUUUUUCAGUUAUAUUGAAGUGAGAUGUCAUAUCUUAAGAUUAUACAUUUGUGGACUACUAAUUUCAGAGGUCAAACUACUGGUCUCAAGGUUUCUCCAGCUUCACUGAAACGUCUACAUACAUACUGCAACGUGAUUGGCUUCCAAAGUAGUCACAGUGUCACAAAACAACACUAAUACUACCCCAUGACAUAAUGAGACUAAAGCUGAGCUCAGGGAAACUUUCCCUCUUCAACUCUGCACAGUUUGACUGAAAACAUUCAAGUGAAGUAGAAAUAAGGACACACUUUGGAGUGGUGGGGGACUUUAAAAUGCCGUGUGAUUUUUAUUAUGUGCAAAACAAUUUAUAUGAGCAUAAAAAAGUGGCUUACAAUCAUAACGAUCAAAUUCAACAAGAGUUAGAUUUCAUCAAAAGGUGGAAGUACAAAGAAAAAAAGCAUCAAACAUUCAGCUGCAUUAUGUCAGACACUAUACGGAGAUAACAGAUAAAAACAAUGACAGCUUGUGUUUGAAGGAAACCCCUGGUGUUAGUUUACAGUCUAAAAACAUCCGAGACACUCUGAUUGUUUAAGUUCAAAAUCUUCCAACCAACAAACCAACAACUAGCGUGUUUGGACUAUAAACUAUAAACUAUACGGGGCAUUUUGCAUUUUAUUUGCAAGGCUUGGCGUCUUUGAGAAGUUCACAUCGGUCCGCCACGGCCCGGACUUCUCCAACCUGAACGCUGUCAUACGUCCCGGUGAUGGACGUGGUGUGGAUCUCCCCAUUAGCGUAGGUGCGUUUGAGGCUCGCCGUGUACGGGAUGUUAACUGUGAUCUUAUGUUGCUCCAUAUUAACCACGCAGUAACUGUUUGGCGGGGCCGUGACCUCCACAGAAUCAGUACUGGUGAUGGCCUCGGUCACCGUCUUUCCCCAAGAGUACUGGAACGACACUUCGAUGCCCAAUUUAAUACUGUUGGAGACGAUGAAAGGGAUUUUGGCUGUGAGGGUCAUUUCAACACCUGCUUUGAUAGAAUCGCUGUUGUCCCACCUGUGCUCCACCUGGUACGUUUUUGAAAGGGAGUCUGUUUUCACCACUGAGCGGCAUUCGUAGUUGCUGACAGAUGUUUUCCGCAUGACCUCCGGAGGAUAUUGGAUGAAUUUAGACUCAUCAGUGAUGUACCCUGCGAUGAACUGUCAACCUGUCCAGGGUGUACCCUGCCUUCGCCCAAUGUCAGCUGGGAUCGGCUCCAGCGCCCCGCGACCCUGAACAGGAUAAGCGGUUUGGAUAAUGGAUGGAUCGAUCAGUGAUGUACCUGACAUUGUAAACCUGCUGGCUGAUUAUAGCCUCACUGGUGGUCAGGACCUGGUAGGAGCUGUAUGAAAAUAGAGAAUUCUUCCAUGAGAGGUAGAAGUGCUUCUCUUCAGUCACAACCUGCCCAAGUCCAUGUUGGUUCUUCCCUACAUAUAUAUUUCCCCUUGAGCAGGUUGUGACUGAACUCUGGGGCACUGAACCUUGCGAACCCUCUUUCCACUCCAGGAUCUCAAACGGGGAACCAGCAUCUACUUUUUUUGCAUUGGCAUAGUUGCAAUAAGAACCCAUGCUGGGAGUAUAAAAGCCAGCCUCACACUUGUAUUUGCAGACAUAAUCGAUGCGAUCAAAGUAAUCAACGUAAAUUGAAACUGCAUGGUCUGGGAGAGAGUUGUUCCAGGUCACCCACUCCAGGUUAGAGCCACUGCCAGACAAGAAGGAGGAGGCCAGGUUAGAGCCAUCAGCAGACACGAAGGAGGAGGACUGAACCUGCCUCUUCUGCAUUAGCUUAGCAACAGUUAGAAGAGGGCGAUCCGGUAGCAGCAAUCGGCUCUCUGUGAUUUCAGGGGUGCCAUUUAUAUCCGAUUUCAUGAAGGAGACUAGAAAAAGAAAAGGGGAAAAGGCACAAACAAUGUUUGCUUUAAUAUGAAACACAAAUCACAAACAGAGAGAAAAGUGUAACGUUACCUUUGAAAUGAAAAACAAAGCAGCUUUCUGAUUUAUGAAGACAGUAACUGACCUCUCCCUUAACUUACAGUUUGUUUCCUAUCAGUUGGUCUUCUACUUUUGUCCUCACUGAAAUGUCUCAAUAAUUAUUGGAUGGAUAGACAUGUUUGCAUUCAUUAUCCCCAGAGGAUGGAUCCUAAUGAUGCUGGUGACUUCUUCUUUAGUGCCUCCACGAGGCUGACAAUUUUGGUUUUUAGUGACAAUAAUUGUAUUGAAAUUUGAGUGAUACAUUCAAUGUUUCCUACAGGACAACAUUUGCAUUGACAGGUCAUUUUGUAGGCACCAAAGCUUUGUAUGUUUUGAAUUAGCCCUGAAUAUAACUUUAAAUUUAAGCCUGUGAAAGUGCAAAGUCUUUGUAACAUAACAGACAGGUCGAAACUCUUUUCGUAUUUUUCUAAAGAAGAAGGAAGGGCAGGCGUGAGCCUAUGUAGUAGGAUAUAUAAUAUGAAGUAGGCUACAU